AUGGAGGGAUAUGGGUGUGGAGGUGCUAAUGAGCAAAAUGUUGAUCAAGGUGGAGGUGCUAAUGAGCAAAAUGUUGAUCAAGGUGGAGGCGCUAAUGAGCAAAAUGUUGAUCAAGGUGGAGGCGCUAAUGAGCAAAAUGUUGUUCAAGAUGGAGGCGCUAAUGAGCAAAAUGUUGAUCAAGAUGGAGGCGCUAAUGAGCAAAAUGUUGUUCAAGAUGGAGGCACUAAUGAGCAAAAUGUUGUUCAAGAUGGAGGCGCUAAUGAGCAAAAUGUUGUUCAAGAUGGAGGCGCUAAUGAGCAAAAUGUUGAUCAAGAUGGAGGCGCUAAUGAGCAAAAUGUUGUUCAAGAUGGAGGGGCUAAUGAGCAAAAUGUUGUUCAAGAUGGAGGCGCUAAUGAGCAAAAUGUUGAUCAAGAUGGAGGCGCUAAUGAGCAAAAUGUUGUUCAAGAUGGAGGCGCUAAUGAGCAAAAUGUUGAUCAAGAUGGAGGCGCUAAUGAGCAAAAUGUUGUUCAAGAUGGAGGAGCUAAUGAGCAAAAUGCUGAUCAACAUGGAGGCGGUAAUGAAAAGAAUCAGGAUCAAGAUAGAGGCCCACCAACUAAACGAAUGAAGACAUAG